CUAUGCCAGGCUGUUUGCACUAAAUCACAGCUGAGUAGUGAAGUGGACCUCUCUUGGCAGAGUCUUACUUGCAAAACUCAAGAAGAGAGCAUUGCAGUAGGAAACUGACAAUGGACCUGAUUCCAAACUUCUCCUUGGAAACCUGGUUUUUCCUGGCUCUCAGUCUGGUACUCUUUUAUCUAUAUGGGACCUCUACACAUGGAUUCUUUAAGAAACUGGGAAUUCCCGGGCCAAAACCUCUGCCCUUUUUUGGAACUAUUUUGGCAUAUCGGAAGGGUAUUUGGAAAUUUGACUUAGAGUGCCAACAAAAGUAUGGAAAGAUGUGGGGGAUAUACGAUGGUAGACAGCCUUUAUUGGCCAUCACGGAUCCAGAAAUGAUCAAAACAGUGCUCGUGAAAGAAUGCUAUUCUACCUUCACAAACCGGCGGACUUUUGGUCCAGUGGGUUUUAUGGAUAAGGCCAUUUCCAUAGCUGAAGAUGAAGAAUGGAAAAGAAUACGAACAACGAUGUCUCCAACUUUCACAAGUGGAAAACUCAAGGAGAUGUUCCCCAUCAUUGAACAAUAUGGAGAUGUGUUGGUGAAUAACCUUCUACGGGAAGCAGAAAAAGGCAAACCUGUGUGCAUGAAAGACAUUCUAGGAGCCUACAGCAUGGAUGUGAUCACUGGCACAUCAUUUGGAGUGAACACUGAUUCCCUCAACAAACCACAAAAUUCAUUUGUUGAAAAGGCAAAGAAGCUUGUAAGAUUUAAUUUUUUGGAUCCAGUAAUUCUUUCAGUAGUGAUGUUUUCAUUCCUCACUCCACUGUAUGAGAUGCUAAAUAUCACCAUUUUCCCAAAUGAUUCUAUGACAUUUUUCAAAGACUUUGUAAUAAGAACGAAGGGAAAUCGCCUUGAAUCUAACCAAAAGCACCGAAUGGAUUUUCUUCAGCGAAUGAUAGAGUCCCAGAAUUCCAAAGACUCAGAGUCCCAUAAAGCUAUGUCUGAUCUGGAGAUUGCAGCCCAAUCAAUUAUCUUUAUUUUUGCUGGCUAUGAAGCCACUAGCAAUGCUCUUUCCUUCAUUAUUUAUGAACUGGCCACUAACCCUGAUGUGCAGAAGAAACUGCAGCAGGAGAUUGAUGCCGCUCUGCCCAAUAAGGCACUUCCCACCUUUGAUGUCCUGGUAGAGAUGGAAUACUUGGAUAUGGUAGUCAAUGAAGUUCUCAGGUUAUACCCAGUUGGUAACAGACUUGAAAGAGUCUGUAAAAAAGAUGUUCAAGUCAAUGGAGUGCUCAUUCCCAAAGGGACAACAGUGAUGGUACCAACUUAUGCUCUUCACCUGGACCCAGAGAAUUGGCCAGAGCCUAAAGAGUUUCGCCCUGAAAGAUUUAGUAAGAAGAACAAGGAUCUCAUUAACCCUUACGUAUACUUGCCCUUUGGGAAUGGACCCAGGAACUGCAUUGGUAUGAGGUUUGCUCUCAUGAACAUGAAACUUGCAGUCAUCAGACUCCUGCAGAACUUUUCCUUCCAACCCUGUGAGGAAACACAGAUCCCCAUGAAAUUAAGCACUCAUGUCCUUCUUCAAUCAGAAAGACCCAUUGUUCUCAAUGUUAUAUCAAGAGAUAUGACUAUAAGUGGAGCCUGAUCUUCCCUCAGGAUUUCUAUGUUCAAGGAGUCUGUGUCCAAAAGACCUAAGACUUAAUUUGCCUUUAAAUAAAAUUUAUAUGAAUAUAGA